CACUGCGGAUGGCAUCAUCAUUGAAGGCCGAAUUUGCACUCGGUGGGCGCUGAGGCGGAAACACCAUCUAUACUGCCAGAAGACCGCAGCCAUUGCGGCGAAUGGCGUCUUGCGACUGACGAUUUAAUGGCGCUCCUGAACCCGACCUUCAUAUUCGGCGUAAUCGUCCUCGCAUACCUUUCGUCCUUCAUCCUAUUCGCCGUCCUUCGAAUAAUCACUGGCAUAUCUAUCCAGCGCAUUGGUUACUUCUCGCUGCGGAGGUUAGCAUACACACCUAAAGAUGGCAUAAAGAUAGAGAUUCGCGGUCUGGGCUUGAAUCUGCAUCGUCCAACCUUUGCGCAACCAACAUGGCUGAGCAUUGUCCUGACCGAGCUUGCCGUUACCGUAGAUUUGAAGGCUGUAAACGGGGACAAGGGAGGUGAUCCUGAAGAUGGGGAUGAAGACGAGGACGAGGCUCUGGACCGCAAGGUCGAGCCAUUGCAGAAGAGGCCUUUGUCGCGGAGGACAAGCUUUGGUCCACAUCGAAGCAAGAGUUGGGAACGACUGACCAGUAUCAAGGAGCGAAUCAAGCGCCUGCAUCGAAACAUAAAUUGGCUCCGUAUGGUGGAUGUCGUGGCCUCGAACUCUUCUUUGACUUUGGUCGACGUCGGGCAGGUUCAGGUUGGCAGCUUCACCAUGGCAGUGGAUACACGGCGCAAGAUGGUGGACAGAGGCAGAUUAUUCUCGCAUGUCAAGACUCCCAAGAAAGAGCAGCGCCCUGCUGAAUGGAUGAUUACAGCCCGCAGUGUCCUCUUCACACCAGAUGGACGUGAGUCGCUCGAAGUCCUCGAUCACGCGACACUUAACAUACAUGGCUUAUUGUACAAGGAAUUGGACGGACUACGAGAUGCUGCCAUUUCUUUGAAGCUAGGGCGUGUGCAUAUUCCUUAUGAUGAUAUCAACAUGUGUAUCAAUCGGUACAAGAGCUGCCAGAAGCUUUAUCAUUGGGAACGACGAUCUUCCGCACAAGAGAUCUCAGUCAAAGAUUUGAUUGAGGAGCUCGACAGACCUGGUAGCCGAGAAGAGAAGCUUGCACAGACGGUUUCGGACUCCAAAGAGUUUGUGAGCUCUAUCCUUCGUGGUAUCAAAGAGGUCCAGUUUGCGGUGAGCUUUGUUGGCUUCACUAAAAAGAUCAGCUCGGUGCAGCCUCACGGUUCACCAAUUUACCUUAAUGCAUCCAUGAAGGAGGUUGGUAUUGAUCUACACAGACUUGACCCAAAGUCUCCAGCCCAUCGAAUGUACUUUUCGUCCAAAGACAUUGCCCACCAAGCCCUUGUUGCAGCACUCUCCAUUGCCAUUGGCGUUGAUGAUGGACAAGGUAAAUCCGACCGAUUGAUCUAUGUACCAAUGGCAACGACUACUAUUAGGACAACACUACCUUCUAAGACGGUGGAGAUUGUGCAGGACAACAGUGCCGAUGAGCGCAACGCCAACAUCCUCUAUGCUAAUGUGGUUAUCACAUCACCGUCUGUUGAUCUGGACCCAAAACACCUACCCCUCGUUUUAGCUAUCUUGCAGCCAAGACCUAAACCGAGAAAGGACCGCGCGCCUCAGCAGCAGCACAUUCUUAUUUCGAGACUCCUGCCCAAGGCCAACGUUAAGCUGUCUAUGCACGAGCCUGUUAUUCGCAUUGCUUUGCCUCCGGUGGAGCAGGAUGCCGCCGAGGAUGAUUUCGACCUAAUUAUCUCUUCCAUCUCGUCAAUAUCCCUUGACAUCGAGUCUUCUCAUUCAGCCGUUGGAGAUCUUCACUACAGUCUUGGGUCGACACUGAGACUUCAGACCCAUGAUCUGUACUAUCAGACGGCAUCUGGUGCUCACUAUGAUCUUCUCCAAACGGAGUCACUGGAGCUUAAAGCCCAACUUAGCGCCAAUCCCGAGGUAUAUGUUGUUGCCACAGGAAAUUUGCAAACCUUCUCCAUUCAUAUGAUUCGACCCGAGAUUAGUGAUGGUGUUCGUCAAAUUGUCCGACAGUUGCGCCUCAAUGUCGAGCCAACUAAAAAGGCGAGGGCAAAGACAUCCCGCGAUCCAAAUUUCAUUCGAGCCAUUCCUGAUUGGCUAUUACAUUUCCAUAUUUCGGGGUCAGACUUCAGCGCAGAAGUUGCAGGUGUGGACGAAGACAUCUCAGAUGAUACACGAGGUGUUGCAUUGCAACUGAAUUCCUGGACUGCCGAAUAUCGAGCUCAGAAAGCUGAGGCUGUUGAGAGAAAAUCGUCCCGGCGGAGAGCUGGCAGCAGUCGGUCUUUGACUCCAGAUCCUGACCUAUUCCUCAAGAUGCCACAAUCGCCACGGAAGAAGCAUGCGCAACAUCCUACUGAUGGACGCCGCUUAGCAAUCCAUGUCCGAGGCCUCGAUGCGUUCGUCGUUGAGUCUACAGAAAAGUGGGAGGCAGAGCCAUUUAUCGCAAUGCCACGCUUUGAAGUCGCUCUGUCAACAUCGAGUGAUAACCAAGGUCCUGUUUUCCACGUCAAUUCCCACGUAAAGUCGUUGCUUGUCCAUUACUCGCUCUACCGCCAUUAUGCUAUGGGUGUCGCCACAACUGUAUUGAGGAAAGCUUUCGUUCGUACGAGAGCUGACGAAGAAGAGGCCGAAAAGGCAAGAGCCGCGGCAACAGUGUUUGGUGGAUCUGAUUAUCUGUCCCCGGUAAAAAGUCCAGAGGACUUCUAUACUCGAGAUGGAUCUGGAUACCCUUUUACUACGCCGGAGCUUAUCACCGUCGAUUUUAGGUCAACGUUGGUCCAAAUCAAAGCACAGAUGCCAUCAGACCCAAGAAUGAUGCUGCAAAUAUAUGGCCUGGAAGCUGGUCGACACAGAUGGGCACCACCAUUCUUUCAUGCCAAACUGAUGCGAUUGUAUGCUGCAGCUCCUAAAAUGAGCCACGUUUGGGCAAGAAUUGUGAGUGUCAAGGCUUUGAGGGCAGAUAUGCGGCAAAAUAGACGGAAGACAAGUACCGGUGAAAUGCACGAGGAGAAGAUGAUCGAUCUGAACUCCGAUGCUAUUAGACUUGCUGUUCCACAUCAGCUUGUUAUCCAUAAAGUAUUCGACAAUUGCAUCAAUACGAUGAAGUCCGUCCAACAACUUCAUCACCGAUUUGUUACAGGCACCAAUGAGUACAUUCUUGAAAAGCACCCGGAGGGACCAAAACGAGUGCCAAGGGUAUCGAUUCGCAGCAAAGCAUUGCUUUUUGAGCUCGAAGAUGGCGCUUUUGAAUGGAAGCUUGGUACUAUAUACCGAACGGGUCUCGUCGAGCAAGCACAGCGUAUAGCGCGCGAUGCGGCCUUCAAAGUCAAAGCAAAGAAGAUUGCCGAGGAGGAAGCUCGAAGGGAUAACAAUCGAUAUCGCAAUAGGUCAGCGCACCCACGGGGACGUAGCACCCAUCAUGAUCAGCCUCGUCAUCGCAGCAGAAGCGAAGACGACAGUUCGGGACACCGAUCUAGAUCUCACCGUGGUCGAACUAUGCGUUAUGAUCCGGAAGGCACCUGUGGAUUGUCUGGAUCGGCCAAGAUCUCCAUUCAAGAUGCUCAAGAAAAGCUGAACUUGCUUAAUUCUCAGAGCUGGAGAUCACGAAUUGACCGUGUCUUGAACAUGUCAAAGAAUGGGAUGAAAGAUCUCAGAGGGGUCUUUUGGGGCCCCGACGAAUUACCAGAUGAUAUGGAAGACUCAGAGAACAUAUUGGAGGUUCCUCAGCGACCAGCUCUUAUGGGGACACUAAUCAGUGAUUUACAUAUCACUAUCGACAAGCCUUCCUUCCCGAUCAGCCAACUUCCAGAUUUUCUCCAUCGAGUUGGGAAAGGUAUGCCUCGGGACAUGAAGUACUCACUCUUGCUCCCUAUGCAUGUCCAGAUUGACAUGGGCGAGGCUCGAAUGACACUAAGAGAUUAUCCCUUGCCUCUUCUCCAUGUUCCUGCGAUCAAACCAGGUCAAUCACCCAGACUUCCUGCUUGGUCGCUAAAGACAGAUUUUGUUGUCGCUGAAGAAUUCCGUGGCCCAGAAUCGACCCGUCACGUUAAAGUCGACAUUGUUCCGCCUAGGAACCGCUCUCCUGGAACAUCAAAUGAAGGCGGAUUUGCAAUUGAUGUACGGAGAACAGUAACCCCUGUCAAAUCGUACUCGGAUAUCAACAUCGACAUCAACACGGGCUUCCCUACCCGCAUUACAUGGGGUGCAUCGUACCAACCUGCUAUCCAAGACAUGAUGAUGAUCAUUGAAACCUUCACCAAAACUCAGGUUGAUCCGUCAGACCGCACCGGUUUCUGGGACAAGAUUCGUCUCAGCUUCCACUCUCGUGUCAGUGUUAUGUGGAAGGGCGAUGGUGACGUUCAUCUCAUGCUCAAAGGGACAAGGGAUCCAUACCUAGUUACGGGCAAUGGUGCAGGCUUCUUGAUGUGCUGGCGAAACGACGUCAGAUGGAACAUCUGUCGCGAACAAGAUCCGAAGAAAUUCAUGACGGUCGACAGUGGAGAAUUCAUACUUGCCGUCCCUGACUUCAACCACCAAGCUCGCGUUGCAGCCAAGCAAGAUCGCGACAGCGACAGUGUUUCGAGUACUGAUAGCUAUAAACGUGGAGCUGCAUUCAAGAAAGUGGUCAUGAAACUCUCUGGCAACGUACAAUGGCUUGCGGGGUUGAUGUUUGAGAGGAAUUUGGAGAAUUCCAGUGGUCGUUCGUUUGAAUUCGAGCCUCAUUAUAAUGUGGUAUUGAAAGAACCCCAGUAUGCGAAGGCUCCUCCUGGAUUGGAAUAUGAUGCUUUCAGAGGGUUCCGUAGCCAUCAUAUUCACAUGUCCAUUGCCGUGAAGGCUCCGGUCGACCGAGAAUGGUCGGUGUCCAAUACAGAGGCUUCACAGAGCUACAAUACGGUACAUCUGACCCCACGAUUUUUCUACCACUUCUUUGCUUGGUGGUCAAUGUUUGGUGGCACUAUGUCACUUCCAAUCCGGCAAGGUAAACUUUGGCCUGGUCUCGAGAAAUCUAGCAAGAAGUUCGGCCGCCAUUUAGCUACGAUCAAGUACAAUCUGUUGCUAGCACCACUCUUCCUAAGCCACAUUUAUAAACAUAAAGAUGCGGAAGAUUAUGCUGAGGAUGUCGUCUCUGCUACUGGUAUUAAGAUGCGGCUUGACAGCUUUAUGCUAGAUGUUCAUCAACGCCGCGAAUAUUUCCACACUCAAGAUAGAGGUCGAAAAACGCAAGGCAAGACCAGUGCUAUGAAGAUGCAUCAAGCCCAGCUAGAUCUGUUGUCAGCAGACAUUCGAGCAGUAUCGGCCAGCAUCGCAGGCACCACCCCCGAGGAUUUACAAAAGGCAUCUGCUCCGCUGAAUCUAGUCUCUCAGGCCGACAUAGGCAACACAGAUCUGUCGCACUUCGAAAUUCCUGAUAAUGAUUUUAGCUGGAUUGAUAUGGAUGACUUUGUGGAAUUAGACUGGAUUCUCCCUUCAGAGGCGAAUCCGGAAACGAAGAUUCUACCAUUAGCUUACACUCCUCGCUUCACCUACUUCCGGCAGACCGAUCAUGGAGACACAAUAUCUGGCGAUCCCGACAGAACGAGUGCUUUCGGUGCAGAGAAUACUCAUUUCUGCAUCAUGAGCAAGGACGAUGAUCCUCGAAGGGUACAGUGCCAGUUGAUACAAAAGCGUCUUGACCAGAUCGAUGAACAAAUGGCGACUCACACCAGAACGGUUGGUGAUGCGGAACUCAAACUCAUACAAGACGAGAACAAUCCCAUCUUCAAGGCAGAUCUAGAUCAAUUGAAUAAGCAAGGUAGCGUUUUGCAUGACAAGAGACUUUUCUUGGAGUCUAUGAUGCGACGCAUGAACAUGCGCAUACGCACAAACAAUAAGCGAGCAGUCCCGGAUGGAGACGCUGAUGUUGAUAGUGAUGGCGAACAAGCGUCUCCAAAAGAUUACGAUGCAAAUAUGGAGGGAAUGGACACGAAUCCAGCUGCAGACUUCAUUAGUGAUUUUAAUAAUCGCUUCGUCAUUCACAACAUGCAACUCAAAUGGAACAAUCUAUUGAGAAAUAUCGUCCUGCGAUAUAUUCACCAGGUCAGUCAAAGGCGAGGAUUUGUCUACUACUUAUCACGAAGAGCUGUGAAGUUCAUCCUUGAUAUCGUGGAAGAGCAGAGCAAAGCAAAGACGGCGAAGCCGGCUUCGGAACCUUCUGUUAAAGACUCCAAGGCCGCAUCGCCCGAUCCCAAUGCAGGCGAUCACUCUGCUUAUCAAGAUGUGCAAGAUCGCAUUGCCGAGAUACUCGCGGAUGGCAAGAAAUUUGUUGAUGCGGAUGAUCCUACCGCACGCCGGCAUGUAACAAAUCAGCGAGUCUCGUCUGACCAUCUGGAUGCAAAUAUUGGUCACGAUUUCAUGCCACAGAACAGCUACCACUUGCGACUCAUCGCCCCACAAAUUCAACUUCAAAGCGACAAGAAUCCUAAAGCCGUCGUUCUGGUCACAGCGAAAGGAAUGGAGGGCAAGGUUAUUGAAGUCAUGGACAAGGAUCGAAUCUACGAUGAUGUUAGUGGCCUCGUGCAACGGAGAUUCUCUGUUGAAAUGGACAGCACGCAGUUCUUCGUUACCCACCAGAAGUGGUUCUCCUCACAGCUUUUGUCCAUGUACUCUGGAAACCACUAUGGCGUUCCUGCCGGAUCCGCUUGGCCACCAUGGGUACCGAUGGAGGUCAUGUUCGACUUUCAAGUUGAUCCAUUUGGUUUCAAGCGUGUUGUCCAGAAGACGUCGGCGUCUUUACGAUACGACAAAUACAACACGUUGCGCUUGAAGUACAACGAUGAGAUCAACACCGAAUCUGGUCACCCAGCAAGUCAUAGCAACGAGGAGAGUCGCAUGGAUCACCUCUGGGUGGAAUUUCCUAUCGUUCGAGCCAUUUGCAACUCAGCCCAAUACUAUGCGAUGUAUAUAAUCGUUCUCGAUCUCCUUAUGUAUAGCGAGCCACUCGAGAAAACAAGGACUGAGCGUCUUGAGAAGAUCAUGCUUGCAUCGGACUUCAGCGAUCUACGUGGAGCGCCUGAGAUGGUCACUAAACUUCAGGAGCGAAUCAGGCAGCUGGAUGAGAUCAAGACUCAAUUCCAGAUCAAUUCGAAAUACCUUGACAAGAGAGGUUGGGAGGACAGGCUUGCACUCGACAAAGAUCUUACUAGUUGCGAAGACGAGCUUUUCUUCAUGAUGAAGGCCAUCACGUCUUCACAACGAAAGUAUGAUGGUUCUCAGUCUGCUGGCUUGCUGAGAUGGAACAUUUCCUCCGAUCAGAUUGUUUGGCAUCUGAUUCGUGACAACAAUGAGCCUCUGAUGGAGUUUCAACUUCGAAAGGCUGAGUAUGACCGUACUGAUAACUCUGAUGGAUCUCACAACAAUCUAAUGCAGAUCGGAAAGAUCGUGGGUUUGAAUUUGCUUCCAGAUGCCAUCUAUCCAGAAAUGUUUGCACCUUACACAGACAUCGACCGAGGUACCUUCAACGAGGGCGGAAAUCAGAAGAUGUUGAGAGUUUAUUGGUAUAUGCUUGAAGCUAUUGCUGGUAUUCCUGUCAUGGAUCACUUUGAAGUUAACCUCUUCCCAAUGAAGAUACAGCUUGAACGUGAGGUUGCGCAACGACUCUUUGACUACAUGUUCCCCGGAUCAAAUGAGACGAAGAACAAAUCACCAUUUAUGGUGAAGACAAUGGCACCGGUGGACGAUGACGACGAGGAAGACAGUAACGGCACAGAAACGUAUGAAAACACCAAUGGGUCUACAGGGAGAAAUGAUUCUGUGACUAGUACGAGAGCUGGAUCUUUGGAACUUCGACUGCGACCGACCAUGACUUCAGAAGCUCGACCAAAUACAGCUCUAUCAGGCAAGACUAAAGCGGCUAGCAUGCACUCUGGCGAAGGACACCACUUCCGACUCUUCCCAUCGGGCAACAAGAUCUCUGCAAGCUCUAGAGGUUCAACGAGGACCUUGGGCAAGAAGACCUCUGUUGAGAGUCUACAGUCUAGUAUUGGGUCCAAACCAACGCUUGGUCGAACCUCUACAAGCAUGUCCAACCAGGAUAUCCAGUCGUUGAACGGCGACGCAAAGCCCAAGCGCUUCACGAUUCAUCGGAAUAAAUCAAAAGAGAAGCCCUCGGAUGAUUUGACCCAGAUGAUGUCUCGAGCCUCCAACUAUAUGACCCUUGCUUAUGUCAAAAUACCGAGUGUGGUCCUUUGUCUGAGCUACAAAGGAAAGGGAGAGAGGAACAUUGAAGAUGUUCAUGAUUUCGUUUUUCGUCUACCAGAGAUUGAGUACAGGAACAAGACCUGGUCGAAUCUCGACUUGGCACUCGCUCUCAAGAAAGACGUUAUCCGUGCUCUGAUCUCCCACACUGGUGCCAUCAUUGGAAACAAGUUCAGCAAGCAUCGACCGAAUACAGCUCAACAACACCGACUGCGAGAGCUUGCGACAAGUAGCAUGCUCCUAGCACCUUCUAGUCAAGACAAUUCUUACGACAACAGCAAUGCAAGUAUCAAAACCAGCAGUCCAACCACGUUCACAAAGUCCGAGCGAGGGACAAGUCCACGUCGUUCCUUCGCCUCGAGUCGCAACGGCCUGACCCGCACACCUAGUGACUCGAGCAGUAUUGUGUCCUUCCAAGGUCCUGGUCGUGUACAAAACAUUCCUGCGGCGUUGUCAAUGACGCCUUCGCAACCGAAUCAACGUCCGGGCAGCAGUUAUGAGAAUUCUGGGUCAAAAAGCAUCAGGAAUGGCCACAGCGAAGGUGUUCUUGCAAACACCUUGGGUCGUCUAAAGCAAUUGAAGGAUCGUCAGAAUACACUAUCUCCCGAUCCCCAUGGAGACGAGGAAGAUUCCUCGAAGAGGAAAAUGAGUAUCAAGAAGAUACUCGGAGGGUUGAAUUGAAGUACGACUAUUGUUUGAGUGGAGGUGGAUAUGUUCAUUUGUAUAUUACAUCACAUCACAGUGCUACCGUGAUUUCUCUUUAGGAAAUGGGUCGGGAUUUGGGACGGAGGCAAGAAACCAGAGUUUCUUGUAAAGCAUAUGCAUGGACGGCGUUCAUGGAGCCAUAAGAGAGAUAUGCUCUGGGGAGGAUCUUGUCUUCUUUGCUUGUUCAAAGCGUUUAGUAUAUAUACAAGAUUUCAAGCUUCGAUUAUUUCCAAUGAGAUGGAGGUGUUACGUUCUUUCCAUUUGUCA